GUCCCCACCUGAUAGAAGACGGUCUCCACCUGACAGAAGAAGGUCUCCGCCUGAUAGAAGACGCUCUCCGCCUGAUAGAAGACGCUCUCCUCCUGACAGAAGAAGGUCUCCACCUGACAGAAGACGAUCUCCACCUCACAGAAGAAGGUCUCCACCUGACAGAAGAAGGUCUCCACCUGACAGAAGACGAUCUCCACCUGACAGAAGAAGGUCUCCACCUGAUGAAAGACGAUCUCCACCUUACAGAAGAUCUUCACCUGACAGAAGACGAUCUCCAUAUGAUCGUGAUCCCCGUGGUAAAAAUCUAUCACCAUAUGACAAUGGACGCUCAAAAAAUCCUUCUCCCUCUGGCGACGACUACAGAGAAUGGUCGCCACAGAGCGCAAGAUAUCCGCGGUCAAAAAACGGACCACCCGGAAACAGCGAUGAAAAACCUGCAAGUAAGGGUGAAAAUAAUAGAACGACUCCAGAAAAACCUGCCGCGGAUACAUCUCCACCCGUGCAAAGCUAUGAUGACCCGUGGGACAGCUUAGAGAGAGAUGUCAAACUGAGAAAUCCUCCGCAAGAUGAUGCAAAAAACAAUCCCCCCAGAGAUCUUUCCCUACCCCGCAUAAAAUCUUACGAAGACCCCAAAGACUCCAUAAAGAGGAACACGAAGGCCUCGUCCAAGUAUAACACCUAUGAAUCGUACGCACCAAAUUACCAAGGUUUCGAUUUUCCGGAAGAGAGCAGACCACAGAGACCAA